UUGAUUGGAGCGGGGCAGGGAGCGGAGCGUCGCUGGCUGUAAGCCGCUGUCGGGUAUCGCUCGGUCGGAUCGGGGACGGACGGACUCGGCCCGGGCUGCUAUGCGGCUGGGACCAUGGCGGCCUUCGGGAUGUUGAGUUACGAGCACCGGCCCCUGAAGCGACCCAGACUCGGCCCUCCCGACGUUUAUCCCCAGGACCCGAAGCAGAAAGAGGAUGAACUGACUGCAUUAAACGUCAAGCAGGGAUUUAAUAACCAGCCAGCUGUAUCAGGGGACGAGCAUGGAAGUGCUAAAAAUGUUAAUUUUAACCCCUCCAAAAUCAGCUCAAACUUCAGCAGCAUCAUUGCCGAAAAGCUGCGAUGCAACACAUUUCCAGACACGGGGAAGAGGAAGCCACAGGUCAACCAGAAGGACAAUUUCUGGCUGGUCACUGCUCGCUCUCAGAGCUCCAUUAACAUCUGGUUUACAGACUUGGCCGGGACCAAGCCUCUCACUCAGCUGGCCAAGAAGGUUCCUAUCUUCAGUAAAAAAGAGGAGGUUUUUGGUUACCUGGCCAAAUACUCAGUCCCUGUGAUGCGCUCUGCUUGGAUGAUUAAAAUGACUUGUGCGUAUCAUGCUGCCAUUACUGAAACUAAAGUCAAGAAGAGGCAUGUCAUUGAUCCGUGUAUAGAAUGGACUCAGAUAAUUACUAAGUACCUCUGGGAGCAGCUGCAGAAGGUGGCAGAGUUUUACCGGCAGUCUCCCAGCCAGGGCUGCGGCUCUCCUCUGCCUGCCACUCCAGCUGAGGUGGAGACUGCCAUGAAGCAGUGGGAGUACAAUGAGAAGCUAGCCAUGUUCAUGUUUCAGGAUGGCAUGUUGGACAGACAUGAGUUUUUAACUUGGGUGCUUGAAUGCUUUGAGAAGAUUCGCCCAGGAGAAGACGAGCUUCUCAAAUUGCUACUGCCGCUCCUGUUACAGUACUCAGGGGAGUUUGUGCAGUCAGCCUAUUUGUCAAGGAGGCUGGCAUAUUUCUGCACACGCCGCCUCAACCUGCUGCUAAGUGAUGGAAGCCUUGGGCUCAGCACAGGAGGACACCCACCCCACAGCAUCUCAGGCCAGCCUGGCAAUGCUCUACCACCUACUCCGACGUCACAGCCGGCAGGGGGUAACCAGCCCCAAACACCUUUCACUGACUUCUACAUCUGCCCCCAACACCGCCCUGUGGUGUUCGGCCUCAGCUGUAUGCUUCAGAGCAUUGUGCUGUGCUGUCCUAGCGCUCUGGUGUGGCACUACUCACUGACAGACAGUCGGAAUAAGACUGGCUCCCCGCUGGAUCUUCUGCCCAUUGCACCCUCUAACCUGCCCAUGCCUGGUGGAAACAGCACCUUCAACCAACAGGUCCGUGCAAAAGUCAGGGAAAUCGAAGAGCAAAUCAAGGAGAGGGGGCAGGCAGUGGAGUUUCGCUGGUCCUUUGACAAGUGUCAGGAAACAACAGCUGGCUUCACUAUUGGCCGGGUUCUGCACACGCUGGAGGUCCUGGACAACCACAGCUUUGAAAAGUCUGACUUCAGCAACUCGCUGGACUCCUUGUACAAUCGUAUCUUUGGGUCAGGACAGAGUAAAGAUGGGCAUGAGAUGAGUCCAGACGACGACGCUGUGGUCACGCUGCUGUGUGAGUGGGCCGUGUGCUGUAAGCGUUCAGGCAGACACAGAGCUAUGGUGGUGGCCAAGCUGCUGGAGAAAAGACAGACAGAGAUCGAGGCAGAGAGAUGUGGGGAGUCUGAGGUGGUGGAUGAAAAGGGCUCGGUUUCUUCAGGCUCUCUGUCAGCUGCCACUGUGCCCGUCUUUCAGGAUGUUCUGCUGCAGUUCCUGGACACACAGGCCCCUGUGCUCACUGAGCCCGGGAACGAGAGCGAGCGUGUGGAGUUCUCCAACUUGGUGCUGCUCUUCUGUGAGCUCAUUCGCCAUGACGUCUUCUCCCACAACAUUUACAUGUGUACACUAAUAUCCCGCGGCGACCUGGCCUCCGACUCACACCUGCCCCGCCCUCGUUCCCCCAGCGAUGAGCCCUCUGAUGAAUCAGAGCGUAAAGAGCAGGACACGGGCAGCAGUGUGAAAAUGGAGGACACUGGCCUGUCUGAGCCGAUGGAAAUCGAGCACAACUCAAGCGCUAACUUUGAUGAGCAGAUGUUCUCUCCCCCUAUGCACGGCGAGGCGAAGGGAAGCCCCUCCCCGGAGAAGGCUGCCCCGGAGCAGGAUGGAAAAAGCACUGCCAAGGAAAAAUGCAUGGACCCAGCCUUCCCCCAGGUGUACGAACAGCCCCGCCACAUCCAGUACGCCACACACUUCCCCAUUCCUCAGGAGGAGAGUGCCAGUCAUGAGUGUAAUCAGCGCCAAGUAGUUCUGUAUGGAGUUGGCAAGCAGCGAGACGAAGCUCGGCACGCCAUCAAGAAGAUCACCAAAGACAUCCUGAAAGUGCUGAACCGCAAAAGCACAGCUGAGACAGGAGGUGAAGAAGGGCAGAAAAGGAAGAGGAGUAAACCAGAGGCCUUCCCUACUGCUGAAGACAUUUUCUCCAAAUUCCAGCACCUCUCCCACUUUGACCAGCACCAGGUCACCUCUCAGGUGUCCAGGAAUGUUCUGGAACAGAUCACCAGUUUUGCCUUAGGAAUGUCCUAUCAUCUUCCCCUCGUACAACACAUCCAGUUCAUCUUUGACCUCAUGGAAUACUCCCUCAACAUAAGUGGCCUCAUAGACUUUGCCAUUCAGUUGCUGAACGAGCUGAGUCUGGUGGAGGCGGAGCUUCUGCUGAAAUCCUCUAGUCUGGCGGGCAGCUACACUACGAGCCUGUGUCUGUGCAUCGUGGCCGUGCUCCGCCGUUACCACUCCUGCCUCAUCCUUAACCCUGACCAAACUGCACAAGUCUUUGAUGGGCUGCGGAUUGUGGUGAAGUCAGGAGUGAACCCUGCAGACUGUUCCUCAGCUGAGCGCUGUAUCUUGGCCUACCUGUACGACCUCUAUACCUCCUGCAGUCACCUGAAGAGCAAGUUUGGGGAGAUCUUCAGUGAGUUCUGCUCUAAGGUGAAAAACUCCAUCUACUGGAACAUUGACCCUUCAGACUCCAACAUGCUGUGGGACCAGGUCUUCAUGAUCGACGCCAUAGCAAACCCUUCAGCCCACAACCUCAACCACUCUAUGGUCGGCAAGAUCCUUAAUGACAGCCCCGCCAACCGCUACAGCUUUGUGUGUAACGUCCUGAUGGAUGUGUGUGUGGACCAUCGUGACCCUGAGAGGGUUAAUGAUAUCGGCAUCCUGUGUGCCGAGCUGACAGCGUACUGCCGGUCUCUGAGUGCAGAGUGGCUGGGUGUGCUGAAAGCCCUAUGCUGUUCCUCCAACAAUGGUAACUGUGGUUUCAACGAUCUGCUCUGCAAUGUCGACGUGAGUGACCUGUCCUUCCAUGACUCCCUGGCUACCUUUGUGGCCAUCCUCAUAGCUCGACAGUGUCUGCUGCUGGAGGAUCUGGUGCGCUGUGUUGCCAUCCCUUCCCUCCUCAAUGCUGCUUGUAGCGAGCAAGACUCUGAGCCUGGAGCCAGAUUGACCUGUAGGAUUCUGCUGCAUCUGUUUAGAACACCACAGAGAAACCCAUGCCCACAGGAUGGCAAGUCAGAUAAAUCGACGGUGGGGAUCAGGUCAUCAUGUGAUCGUCAUCUGCUGGCUGCAUCUCAGAACAGCAUCGUGGUGGGAGCUGUCUUUGCUGUCUUGAAGGCUGUCUUCAUGUUGGGUGAUGCUGAGCUAAAAGGCUCAGGCUUCUCUCACCCUGCUGGGCUGGAUGACAUCGGAGAGGACGACAUGGGGUCCAAAAAAUCCGGAGGCCGAAACGUCUCUAUUGAAACAGCCAGUUUAGAUGUUUAUGCCAAGUAUGUGCUGAAGAGCAUCUGUCAGCAGGAGUGGGUUGGGGAGCGUUGUCUGAAGUCUCUCUCUGAGGACAGCAGUGCCCUCCAGGACCCAGUGCUGGUCAACAUUCAGGCUCAGAGGCUGCUGCAGCUCAUCUGCUACCCUCACAGGCAGCUAGACAGCGAGGAGGGAGACAACCCUCAGAGACAGCGCAUCAAGCGCAUCCUUCAGAACAUGGACCAGUGGACCAUGAGACAGUCUUCUCUGGAGCUGCAGCUCAUGAUUAAGCAAAGCUCAAAUAACGAGCUGUACUCUCUGCUUGAGAAUAUUGCCAAGGCAACUAUCGAGGUUUUCCAGAAAUCUGCUGAGAUGAACUCCAGUAACCCUUCCUGGAAUGGCUCGGCUGCCUCCAGCAGCUCCGUUUCCAAUAGCAACAAUGCCAGCAAACUCAAACCAGUUCUCAGUUCAUCAGAGCGCUCAGGCGUGUGGUUGGUGGCCCCUCUGAUCGCUAAGCUGCCCACGUCAGUACAGGGUCACGUACUGAAAGCUGCCGGGGAGGAACUGGAGAAGGGGCAGCACCUGGGCUCCUCCUCCCGCAAGGAGAGAGAUCGACAGAAACAGAAGAGUAUGUCUCUGUUGAGCCAGCAGCCUUUCUUGUCUCUGGUGUUGACAUGCCUGAAAGGCCAGGAUGAACAGAGAGAGGGCCUCCUGACCUCCCUCUACAGCCAAGUACAGCAGAUUGUCACCAACUGGCGUGAAGACCAGUACCAGGAUGACUGCAAGGCCAAGCAGAUGAUGCACGAGGCUCUGAAGCUGCGGCUCAAUUUGGUGGGUGGGAUGUUUGACACAGUUCAGAGAAGCACGCAGCAAACCAAUGAGUGGGCGGUGCUUCUCCUGGACAUCAUCAGCAGUGGGACUGUGGACAUGCAGUCAAAUAAUGAGCUGUUCACCACCGUACUGGACAUGCUGAGUGUGCUUAUUAACGGGACUCUGGCAGCAGAUAUGUCUAGUAUCUCUCAGGGCAGCAUGGAGGAGAAUAAGAGGGCUUACAUGAACCUGGUGAAGAAACUCAGGAAAGAGUUGGGGGAUCGUCAGUCGGAGAGUUUGGAGAAAGUGCGACAGUUACUGCCUCUGCCUAAGCAGACUCGGGACGUCAUUACCUGUGAACCCCAGGGCUCACUCAUAGACACCAAGGGCAACAAAAUCGCUGGAUUUGAGAAAGAGGGCCUGCAGGUGUCGACGAAGCAGAAGAUCUCACCGUGGGAUGUGUUUGAGGGCCUAAAGCACUCUGCUCCACUUUCUUGGGGCUGGUUCGGAACAGUUCGGGUCGACCGCAAGGUCACUCGCUUCGAAGAACAGCAAAGGCUCCUCCUCUACCACACCCACGUGAAACCCAGACCACGCAGCUAUUACCUGGAGCCCCUCCCGCUGCCGCCAGAGGAGGAGGAGCCUCCUACUCCCGUGCCACAAGAACCAGAGAAGAAGAUGGUGGAGGCGGUGAAAUCGGAAAAGAAUGUGACCAGCGUGCCCCCGGAUGCCAACAAGAAGAAGAAGAAAAAGAAGACUCCAUCUACCAGCAAGCAAGAGGAUUACCCUGCUCGUAACCCUGGUGUGAUGCCCUAUGGACCAGGAACAAACAAUGAACUAAUGAACAUGGGCCAGUCCGGCCACACCUACAGAAUGGGCUACAACCAGACAUCCAUUAUCUACACCCAGAAUCAACCUCUUCCUCCAGGAGGUCCAGGUUUGGAGCCCCCAUACCGACCUCGCAUGCCUGUAAAUAAGAUGCCCACACGGCCCAACUACCCAGGCAACUACCACCCUGGAGGAAUGGGCAUUAUGGGUAUGGACAAUAAGCAGUACACAAUGGGCUUCAAGCCGCAGACUGCUAUGUCCCAGGGCCAGAUGCUUAGGCAGCAGAUCCAGGUCAGACUGAACCAGAGUAUGCUGGGACAGCAGAUGAGACCUAUGGCACCCAAUCAGCAGUACAGCUCGAUGCAGCCUGCACAGAAUAUGUCACAACAAGGUUAUACCUCCUACGGUUCCCACAUGGUAAUGCAGCCGCACCCGUCUCAGACAGGUGCAAUAGUCCCUUCCCAGUACGGUAAUCAGGCCUUUCAGGGAGCCCAUCCUGGUACUAACCCUGGAGUUGUAGAUCCUCUGAGGCAGAUGCCCAGGCCCAGCGGAUAUGUCCACCAGCAGGCUUCUAGUGCGUACGGCAUGCAGAACACGCAAAGGUUUGCUCACCAGCCCAUGCAGCAGGCGUCCAUGAUGCACGGCCUACCGCAGGGACACAUGGCAGCGCAGGGCGUGCACCCCGGCAUGAGGCCCAAUCAGAUUCUAGACCAACAGCAGCAGGCAGCUCAACAGCAGCAGCAGCAGUUCUUGAGGCAGCAGGCCCUUCGGCAACAACAACAAGUUCAGCAGCAGCAGCAGCAGCAACAGCAACAGGUCCAGCAGCAGGUCCAGCAGCAGCAGCAGCAGCAGCAGGUUCCCUCACAACAGGUGCAGCAACCUCAACAGGUGCCACCUCAGCAGGUGCAGCAGCAACAGGUGCCUCCGCAGCAGGUGGGGGCUGCGCAGCCCCCUGCUCAGGCCCAGGCACAGACCCUGGGCAUGCAGCCCAUUUUCCCUCGGCAGGGGCAGGGCAUGCAGCAGACCCAGCAGCAGCAGCAGACUGCAGCGCUGGUCAGACAACUUCAACAACAACUGUCGAGCACACAACCGGGACAGAACUCCAACUCCUUCUACUAGUGGUAUGACCGAGUCCUGUAUGGCGUCCUGUGUGAGUAGUGGAUGCAGCCCUUCUGAAACGGACUGUGGUGAAUUCAGGACUGAUGCUGUACGGGUCCGAGAGCCUUGAAGACCAGUGGCAUAGAGAGGCUUUGGGCCUAGAAGAUUCCUUGAUGAUCAGUAAUCUGACCACAGUGCUGUUUCUGUUCAAGAAUUAAACCACAAUGUGUAAUUCCUAAUCCUCUGAAGGGUUGUGCUGUGAACUUGUCAUUAGGGAGAGUGAUGAUGGAAGUUUAUGUAAAAAAAAAAAAAGUACAAGAAAUAAGAAUAAUGCAAUUUUUUAAUUUUAUUUCACUUUGUACAAUUUUUCAGUUUCGUGUAUUCUCAUUAAAAAAAAGUCAUGACA